AUGAACUGCGAAAUUUGUGCCUUGGACGCCUCUGCGGAUUCGAUUCUGUGGACGUGUGUUGGAUGCCCAAGGAAGUAUCAUGCAGCUUGCAUUGGCGUUACCGUGCAGCGGGGAUCACUAAGGAGAAAGGACAGGAGAUUGGUUGAUGUCAACUCGUACAUAAUGCCAUGCUGCGACUCGUGUCAGGAACUACUACAUGGGAAAAUUGCUUUCAACGGACUCGCCGAGCAGCAAAAACUUCUGGAAAAACAAAUACGGGAGAAUACUGAAGUGAUUCAUCAACUAACAUUUCAGCAAAACAAGCCGGACCUAGUACAUGAGGCACUCGAAGGCCUAGAAAUACUUCUCACUACUGUGAAACAAGAAUUGAUUGCAAUCAACAAAAAUACAAUUAAGUCAACAUCAGAUAGUGUAUACGAAUCGUUAAAAACGGUUACUUCGGAAUUAUCCGCUGAUUUGCGUGACAUGAACGCGGAAAUAAGUCAGCUUAGUCAGCUGUCUUUAGACACAGCCAACAGCAAUCCUCCAAAUUCCACCCUAGGAUACGAGAUUCUCGACGAGUUGAAGUCGGUCUCAGUUGCCCUCAACGAAAACAAAAGCACCAGGCAACUACGGUCGUCACAUGAAUCAACGUUGCUGCCAGAAAUUCUCAACGAGGUUAAAUCGAUGUCAGCAUAUGUAUAUGCGAACAAUAAGACCGCGCAAUUGCUAUCGCCGAAUGACUCACGCCCCAGUUUGGAAAUUGAAUUAAAUAACGCUAUUAACUCAGGAUGGCGUUUCUUGGGCACGAAAAAAGUAUGGAAAGCUGACUGGAGUGAGUACGAUGCGCGAGAAAUAAAUCGAUUGAAUCAACAAAAACAGGCGGAUAAGCCCAUUUUCUUGGAGAACAGUUUAUCCUCUCGAGACUUGAAGGAGUCGGCAGAGCAACGGACCGAACGUUUAGAAGCACUGGCAAUCCAGCGAGAGGAGGAAUUUGAUGAAGCUAUUCGAGUUGUAGAGGAGGAAUAUUUCGAGAUCAAGUCUUCUCUCAUUGCUUUGCGAGCCAAGUCGAUUUUGCAACCAAGGCAGGUUGGUCCCAUUGAAGAUGUUGCUAUACCUCAGCCUUCUGUUUCUCGUGUUAAGCUACCGGAUAUCAAGCUACCCUCAUUCAGCGGAAAGGUGAAGGAAUGGAUUACGUUUCGAGAUUCGUUCCGCAGUUUGAUUCAUAACAACCGUCAGCUGGAUGAUGUUGACAAGUUUACAUAUUUACGGUCUUCAGUAACUGGCGAUGCGUUUCAGGAGAUUGACUCCGUGGAACUUUCAGCAGACAACUACGAGGUAGCCUGGAGACUUUUGGAGAAGAGGUUUGAAAACAAAAAGCUCAUCGUAAAGGCGCAUUUGGAUGCUCUGUUCGCGAUUGAGCCAAUGCGAAGAGAAAGCUGCGACGCUCUGAACACUCUGAUCAGUAAAUUCGAUCGCAACUUACAAAUGCUGGCGAAGAUAGGCGAACACCCGGAAAACUGGUCGACAAUACUUGCUCAUAUGGUAUGCUCUCGCUUGGAUGCGGUCACUAUUCGUCAAUGGGAAACCCACGACAACUCCAAAGAGGUGCCAAUAUACGAUAACCUGAUGGAAUUUCUACGAGAUCAGUGCACGGUAUUGCAGUCAAUCGCUCCAAGCAAAUCUAGUGUUGAUGAAUCGAGACGUUCACGUUUGUCCGUUACUCAUACUUCAGCUCAGUCGUCGAAGAGAUGUGUGUUUUGCGGUGAAUCGUUUCACAUAGUGUUUCGCUGCAGUAAGUUUAAGAGUAUGUCAAUUGCCCAGCGAGUCGAGGACGUGAACCGAAGGCGACUUUGCCGAAAUUGUUUGUCAGUGGGUCACUUUGCUGAUUGUUGCUCACGAGGAUCCUGCAAUCGGUGCGGCGGUAAGCAUCACACCCUUCUGCACUACGAGAAUACAGCAAGUGUCAUUCGCCCAGUGAAACUUCCCACUCCGCAAGUACAAGGUAGACCACAGGUAGCAGGCCCACAACCUCAACAAAUCGUACCUAAACCGCAAGGUCAGACACAAAACACACCCACUCAAUCACCCACACAAGUAAAGGCCACAACUUCACAUCCCGUAAUUCGCACCAGCUCUCAAAACACUCACCCACAAUCCACCACAGACCCACACGUAACAAAUACUCUCAAGACUACUGCGCAAGCAUCGCCGCGACAGAUUAUUAUGUCCACUGCGAUUGUUCGCGUUGAAGAUCAGUUUGGAAACACUUCGUUUGCCAGAACUUUGUUAGAUUCAUGCUCAGAGUUCUGUUAUAUGACUACUAGCUUUUCGAGAAGAUUGAAGUUCCGAGAAUCCCCUUCAUUCUUGAGAGUUGAAGGCAUUGGUAAUGGCAGUGUUGCAUCAACAAAGUUCGUGGAAGCAAAUAUUCAACCACGAAUACCGUCAAUCUCAACAUUUACGGAGACAAUGCAGUUCCAUGUUCUACCGAAGAUCACCCGAACUUUGCCUAUUCGGCCUAUUCAAGUCGACAUCAGUCUGUUUCCAUCAGAUCUUGUGUUAACAGAUCCAUCGUACGGAAAACCAGGAUCAAUUGAUAUGAUUAUCGGAGCAGAGUGCUACUACGACCCGCUCACUGCUGGAAGGAAGAAGCUAUCCGAGGAUGGCCCCACUCUACAAGAUACCGUAUUCGGUUGGGUAUUAUCUGGAAAGGUUCCGGAGGAUCCCAACAUUCCUAGAACUUCAAGCUACGUCACUUCUACAGCGGAUCUACAAGAGUUGCUUGCAAGGUUCUGGGAGCUUGAAACCUGUCAUGUCAACAGUACCCAUUCGGUUGAAGAGACUGCCUGCGAGGAACUGUUUGAAAGAACAACCGUGCGUGAUGCUGAAGGUAAAUUUGUCGUAACUCUACCAAGGAAAGAGUUUGCCAUCGCAAGACUGGGAGAAUCGAAAAAUAUCGCACACAAACGAUUCCUUAAUCUCGAGAGAAGACUCGACGCAAACGUUGAACUAAAGGCAAUGUACCGCGAGUUUAUCCACGAAUAUCUGUUGAUGGGCCAUAUGAAGGAGAUUAUCGAUGAGUCCUGUGAUGACCCAGUUUACUACAUGCCGCAUCACGCAGUGCUGAAACCAGACAGUACUACAACAAAACUACGAGUUGUCUUCGACGGAUCUUGUCGUACGUCUAGCGGAAUUUCCCUGAACGACACGCUAAUGGUGGGACCCGUCGUACAGGAUGAUUUGAUAUCGAUCAUCACCCGUUUCCGACUGCAUCGGUUUGCGCUUGUGGCUGACGUAGCCAAAAUGUACCGGAUGGUUCGUGUGCAGCCAUCGGACCAACACUUACAGCGGAUUCUUUGGAGGGAAUCGCCGGAAGAACCUAUAAAGAUCUUCGAGCUUACCACAGUCACGUACGGGACUGCAAGUGCACCGUAUCUUGCGACGAAGUGUUUGACGAAACUAGGGAAAGACAGUGAGUCGACUCACCCCAUUGCCGCUAGGGUAAUCCAAGAAGACUUUUACGUCGAUGAUAUGCUGUCAGGAGCCGAUAGUAUCGAAGAGGCUAAUGCAUUGAUUUCGGAAGUGACUCAGGUAACCAACUUAGCCGGUUUCACACUCAGAAAGUGGAACUCCAAUUCUGCUAAGUUGCUUUCAAGACUGCCGAAAAAUCUGCAAGAUGAACGAUCCACACUGGAGUUAGAUUCAUCCAGUUCUACUGUGAAAACACUUGGUUUGCGGUGGGACACUAGUUCGGAUAGUUUUUGCUUUAGUUUUCCACAGUGGCGAUCGAACUCCGCCGCCAUAACCAAACGUAGUAUCCACUCAGAUGCAGCGUGUCUGUUUGACCCGCUAGGAUUAGUGGGACUAGUAGUUGUACAGGCGAAGAUUUUUAUUCAGCAACUCUGGCGUCUGAAGUGCGAUUGGGACGACCCGUUGGAUGAAUCACUACAAGAAGUUUGGAAGGAAUACAAGCAAAAUUUGAUGGCUUUAGAAUCGUUAUCAGUUCCCCGUUGGAUUGGUUGCAGUAAUGAUUGGUCCGAAGUUCAACUACAUGGAUUUUGCGAUGCAUCAGAGGUCGCAUAUGGAGCCUGUCUGUACCUUCGUUGCACGGCUUUAGAUGGAACAAUCACAACAUGUCUCAUUACGUCCAAGUUCAGAGUAGCACCACUGGAAAAUCUGAAGACCAAGAAAAAGAAAAUAUCUAUUCCUCGAUUGGAACUGUCAUCGGCCCUUCUGCUUAGUCAUCUGUUCGAGAAGUUCGCCCGAAUCGCACCUGUUAAGUCUGCCUAUUUCUGGACAGACUCGAUGAUAGUCAAGCACUGGUUAGCAUCUCAGCCAUCACGAUGGCAAGCGUUCGUAGCAAAUCGAGUGUCGGAAAUUCAGCAUCUCACCAAGGACGGAACAUGGAACCACGUACCAGGAAUUGAAAAUCCCGCAGACCUGAUUUCUCGAGGGAUGUCACCAGCUCAACUACAAUAUCAGUCUCUGUGGUUCGAGGGUCCCCUGUGGAUGUCGCAAAUGGGACAAUAUUGGCCGAAAGCUGUAGAGCCUGCACCAGAUCAGAUAGAGCCUGCGUUGCUGGAAGAGCGACCAUCGUCAUCAUUUCCUGCUCAAGCACUUCCACCUAGCGACAUCUUUGGAAUGCGUUCGUCAUACACCGAACUUCUUCGACUUGUAGCGCUUCUUCUGCGCUUCAGAUUCAACGCACAAACCUGUAAUAGGCAGUCCAGAAAAACCGGAAAUAUUUCGCACGAUGAAUUAGAGCAAGCGGUGCUCGUGCUGGUUCGUCUAUCGCAGCAGGAGUGCUUUUCAGCAGAGUUGCGCAGCUUAACAAAGAAUGGUCAAGUUCAUGAAGGAUCCACUAUCAAUAGUCUAUGUCCACGUUUGUCUGCUGAUGGUGUAAUGCGCGUUGGCGGUCGACUUUUCCAUGCGCCGAUACCAGCUUCCAGGAAGCAUCCGUUUAUCUUGGAUAGUCAUCAUCCUUUUGCAACUCUAAUUGUGAGGCAUUAUCAUCUACGUUUGUUCCACGCCGGACAGCAAUUGCUGAUUGCUUCCGUUCGAGAGAAGUUUUGGCCAACCGCUAUUCACAGCUUGGCCAGAAAAGUGAUCCACGAGUGCGUAGCGUGUUUCAAACGAAAGCCCAAGGCGUUAGAGCAGCUUAUGGCAGAUCUCCCGCCUGAACGUGUCACUCCAUCUUCACCGUUUUUGAAGGUAGGAGUGGAUUAUUGUGUGAAGGCAGUUCAUCUAGAGCUCGUAGCAGAUCUGACCACUCAAGCGUUCCUAGCUGCAUUGAAGCGAUUUGUAGCCCGUCGAGGAAAACCACAACUAAUCAUGUGCGAUAACGCUACAACGUUCGUCGGCGCCAAACGUGAAUUGAUUGAGCUACAUCGACUAUUUCACGGACAGCACUUCCAAGAUGCUGUUGUCAAGGAUGCGGAAAACGAUAACAUCGAGUUUCGCUUCAUUCCACCUCGCAGCCCAAACUUUGGUGGGCUAUGGGAGGCACAAGUAAAGUCAUUUAAGAAUCACUUCCGGAAGACAAUCGGUCUGAGGACUCUCACCGUUGACGAAAUGCUAACAGCUUUAGCGCAGAUCGAAGCUAUCCUCAACUCGCGUCCACUGACACCGGUCAGCAGCGACCCGAACGAUUUCGAAGCGCUCACUCCAGGGCACUUUCUAGUGCAUCGGCCUUUGACUGCGAUCCCAGAACCAGGCCUUCAGGAUAUACCAAUCAAUAGGCUUUCUAUGUGGCAGCGAGCCCAAGGUCUCAUUCAGCAGAUGUGGAAGAAGUGGAGCACUCAGUACCUGUCUGACCUUCACAAUCGCACUAAGUGGACUAGGCAGCGAGACAACGUGGCAGAAGGAACGAUGGUUUUACUGAAGGACGAGAAUACACCUCCGCUGAAGUGGAACCUAGGACGAGUAGUGAAGGUCUUCUACGGAGCAGAUGGCAACAUCCGAGUUGUCACCGUGCGUACCAAGGACGGCUGCUUCGACAGAGCGAUAUCUAAAAUCUGCGUUCUUCCAAUCCGGGACAACGUCACGGAAUCAACGGCAGUUGGGAACUAA